AGUGGCACUGAGGGUAGGCCGAUGUCGGUCCGAUGGUACCGAUAUGGCAAUCGUACAAUGUGUGGAUAUUUUCUUACCUGCCCAUCACUCGCCUUUUUUACUCCUUCCUUCUCUCCUCCAUCUCCCCUCCUAACGAAAUCCUUACGCUCUCAUGAAAAUCAGCCAAAAAAUAAGGCAGUCCACCAAGGAGGACAAAGUCUGGUGGUCCUUUGAGUACUUUCCUCCACGGACGGCCCAGGGUCUUCAAAAUCUACUAGACCGUAUAGAACGUAUGAGGGCAUUGGGCCCCGAGUUCAUCGAUAUCACCUGGAAUGCCGGUGGUCGGACCUCUGACCUUACCGCUGAAAUGGUCAAGACAUGUCAAGGAAUAAUCGGAAUCGAGACCUGUAUGCAUCUCACCUGUACGAACAUGCCCAAAGAGAAGGUCGACAUUGCUCUACGAGAGGCAAAGAAAUCCGGAUGUCGUAAUGUCCUCGCCCUUCGUGGGGACCCUCCGAUGGGUAAGGAAGACUGGGAAGCCGUGGAGGGUGGGUUUGUUCAUGGGAUCGACCUUGUCACGCACAUACGGCGCGAAUAUGGAGAUUAUUUUGACGUGGCCGUCGCCGGAUUCCCACAACACCAACUGCUCCCGCCUGAAGAGCGCGACCUGGAGAUAAAGUAUCUGAAGCAGAAGAUCGACGCUGGUGUCAGCUUUAUUUUCACCCAGAUGUUUUACGACGUGGAGGUCUUCAUUGCCUGGGUCAAAGCGGUCCGAGCAGCCGGUAUCACCAUUCCAAUCGUUCCUGGUAUUGCGCCUAUACAGACGUGGAACGGAUUCCAAAGAGCGACCAGUCUGGCGAAGACAAUAAUUCCUCAGUCUUUCUUGGAUGCAUUGGAGCCUUAUAAGAACAACGAUGAGAAGGUUAGAGAGAUUGGGACCAAAUUGGUAGCAGAUAUGUGUCGCAGAAUCCUCAAGGAAGAUAUUGGUAUCCGCGGUCUCCAUUUCUACACCAUGAACCUGGAGAAGGGGACAAAGAUGCUUCUAGAAGAGCUGAAUUUGGUUCCGAGGGUCGAGACUAUUAAGCCUCUGCCUUGGAGACAGUGUCUCACACCCAGCCGUCGUAAGGAAACAAUCCGCCCAAUCUUCUGGGCGAACCGGACAAAAUCCUACAUCUCUCGCACAGAAAACUGGGACGAGUACCCGAACGGUCGUUUCGGUGAUUCUCGCAGUCCCGCGUACGGUGAGCUGGAUGGUUACGGUGUCUGGAUCAAGCAAACCAAAGAGGAUGCCAUCAAGCUGUGGGGCGAGCCCAAAUCGCUAGAAGAUGUGACGACACUCUUCGCCAGAUUUUGCAAGGGAACAUUAUCCGCGCUGCCAUGGUCUGAUCAAGCACCGGCAAUCGAGACAUCUGUCAUCGCGAACCAACUAGCACAGAUGAAUGAGCUAGGAUUUUUUACCAUCAACUCACAGCCCGCUGUUGAUGGUGUAAGAAGCGACGACAAAGUGUUCGGGUGGGGCCCAAGUAACGGAUACGUCUAUCAGAAGGCUUACCUUGAAUUCUUCGUUCAACCCGCUCUGCUUUCACUUCUACUCUCGCAUAUUGAGCGGGAUAGUAAUAUCACAUACUACGUUAUCAAUAAGCGUGGCGAUUUACGAACUAACACCCAUUCUGAUGGACCUAAUGCCGUGACGUGGGGAGUGUUUCCUGGGAAGGAGAUCGUACAGCCUACGAUCGUGGAAGCUGUCAGUUUCAUGGCCUGGAAGGAUGAGGCAUACGAACUUGGUCAGCAAUGGGCCAAGGUGUAUGACGCCGACUCUCCCUCACGAAAGGUAAUAUCCGAUCUCAUGGAUACCUGCUUCCUCGUCAACGUCGUACAUAAUGAUUUCCACGAUCCGGGCGCGAUUUUCAAGCCGUUCUUCCAAGCAGGUGCUGAGUAUAAAGCAUCUCUUCUCAACGGAAAUGGUAAGGCCAAUUAGAGGUCGCCUGCAAGAUUAUCUCCCACUGUACAACUGCUGUAUCUUUCAUUCUUCUAUUCACUCGUUACUAGCUUUUAACUGUAUCAUUACUCGGGUUCAACCCCCGGUGUUUUUUUACGUUUUCCUUCCUGCAUACCACAUUCUCACCAAGCAUUUCAACAUCAUACUUACUAGCACAUCAUUGUACUUUGCAUCAA